AAGUAAGCGUGUAACCUGUUUUCUACCUUACUACGAGAGAGUGGCGCGUUAUGGGAUUUAAGAACGUUUCGCUCGUGACUUAUUGGUCCUGGAAAUUCAAAUCUGCGAUUAUGUUUCCAGCUUUACCGAGAUACUGAUCCAGGAAGCGCGAUCCUUUGAGUAAACACCCGCCCUUCGCUGUGAAAUUAAACUGACUAUAGAGGGAACCUACAGAAUCUCAUCAUAUUAAUUGAAAAUGUCACCUUCUUUUUGGGAUUUAAAAAUCAUCUCCAGCCGAAUCUCAGUGAUGGUGACUUCAGCUCAAGAAAACUGACAACCUGCCGUUCAACAUGAAUCUGAGAAGUAAACAUUUGGAGGCUGCAUCUUUGUUGAUACUUUUGGUCAAAGUCUUCAGUGUGAAUACGCUGACUUGUCAUCCAACUGAGUAUCAGAUAGGAAAUGAAUGCUGUCCUCUUUGUCCCUCUGGAAAUCGUGUUAAAACACACUGCACGGAGUUCAGGAGCACUUCCUGUUUGCCCUGUGUGAAUGACACCUUCAUGAAUCUUCCCACUGGACUUAACAAGUGUUUCCCCUGCACGACCUGUGGUCCAGAUUCUGGUCUGAAGACAAACACUUCAUGCACAGCAACAACGGAUUCAGUUUGUGAACCUCUGGAAGGAUUCUACUGUAUAGACCGAAUAGAGAACCACUGUGCAGCUGCACAGAAACACAAACAAUGUCAACCAGGGCAGUACAUCAAACACAGAGGAACAGCCCUCACAGACUCUCAAUGCUCUGAAUGCAGUGACGGAUCAUUUUCUGAUGGGACACUUACGUCUUGUCGACCACACACACAAUGUGAAUCACAAAACCUUCAGCUGAUUCAACCAGGAACAGCUUCAACUGACGCUGAAUGUGGAAAUUUAAAAAAGGACCAAGCUGCAAUCAUCGUUCCAGUGUUUUUUAUGGGUCUUUUGGUGGUUGGUUCAUUAGUCGCCUUUUUUUUGUGGAGAAAAUAUAUUGCAGGAAAAAGAUCAGCGCCCCUUUAACCAAGGGUAAGUUUGUUACUCUGUUUUUCACAGUAUAUGUUCUGACUGUGUAUAUGUUCUCUGCUUGAUGACAAUACUUGUUUGAUGAAGGUAAUUUGAUUAUUUUAUUUAACAUUUCACUAAAAGAGAAAGACAACCAGAAGCGAAACUGGAAAUGCGGCAGGUGAGACAACAGGGUGUUCUUCGUUUAAUUAUUCAUUUGUUGAGGACUGUCUACAGCCACUCCCAGACAUGCCCCCCGGAGGAUGUCUACAGAAUUGGGUCCAGACUCUCGCUGGUGACAAUCACCACUGCCACACUGGAGCCCAACGUGUGGCUCGACGCAGCCAGAGAAGCGGACCGGCAGGAGUGAGAACUCGUAAAGAUGAUGGAGGACCUGUAGGCCGCGUACCGGGAGGAGGGAGCAGCGACCAGACGUGAGCUGGAGGAGAGGGGGCUGAUGCUGGCGGAGCGUCAGCUGGCCCUGUUGGGACCCGCACCCAACACUGGAGGCGACGGCGAGCAGGGCUCCAAUUCUGCGUCCCCGCCCCGCUUCAGAGAAGUCAGCGGCCGGCGUGCCACCGAUUCCACGCCCUCGUGUAGCGCUGAGGCUGGUGGAGGCCACAUUUGUGAUGGGGGUAUGUUGAGGUGAGGGUUUGGGAGAGCACCUUCACCUGCACCACAGAGGAAAAUCCUUAUGUAAGAAUACUUAUGCACCCAACAGAUGUCAACUUUUUUGUUCCACCAUGUGUCACAAUUAAGUGUAAUUAGGUAUUUUGCACCUUCAAAGUACUGUGCAUAUUGUGUUGAUAAAAUGGGAAAAAGUCUGUUUAAGUCUAUUUGAAUUCCAGUUUGUAACAGUACAAAAUAGGAAAAAGUCCAAGUGGGGUGAAUACUUAUGCCAAGCACUAUUGACAAUGUGUUUUAACAGCUUGUUAUAUUACAUGUUUUUUUAAAUAUGUCGAAUAAAUGUAAUGGAGAUUAAAAUAUAAUAAUUUUAUAUCAGAGUAGAUGUAUGAAGUAAAAAAGUUGGAAUACAAAAGUGAAAGUGCUACAUGAUGUCAAAUGAAAAUUAAUAUUUGUGACAUUUAGAAGUGUAAACUGUCCAGUCUGCAGAGGAGGAAUUAUCAUGCUUAUCUUGACGUGCAUAUGCUCUUCUCUUAAGGUCCAAGCAAGGCCAACUCUAGCCAGGUUUUGAUAAACCAUGUGUUGGCCAUGUGCAUGCACGUCAAAAUAAUUAAUUGUAGAAAAGUAAAUAAAAUGUCCCU